UUUAAAAGGCUGGGGUUACUCAUAUUACUUUAGUUUCAUUCAAACAGCUGUACCCAAUCGUAGGGCUGUUUACAACUGAUUUUACAAAAAUGGUGGGACGUCUUCUCGUAUUCAGUUACAUCUUAGUCGUUGCUUCUGCGACGGUGAAGCUUCGGGAACUUUACGCCUGGAAUGUUCUGGAUUGGAAUUAUCCAGAUCCUUUUGCAAAGCAAAGGGAUAUUGACAGCGGAGCUCUCAACCCAAAGAAUGCCCUGCCUGUUGGCAUUGAAAGAUGGAGGAACAAGCUUUUUGUCUCCGUUCCCAGAUGGUUCCCAGGUAUUCCUGCCACAUUAAAUUACAUCGAUAUGGAUGCUCCCUAUGAUCCAUCUCCGAAACUGACACCAUAUCCAAGUUUUAGAGAAAAUGAAUUAGGAAAUUGUGAGGAAGGUCUAACUACUGUGUACAGAAUAAAGGCUGAUAAAUGCGAUCGUUUGUGGGUCUUAGAUGUCGGCACCUAUGGAUAUGAUCCUAAUGUUACCAACGUGUGUCCCUACGCAUUGAACGUAUAUGACCUACACACCAACAGACGUUUAAGACGAUAUGUGUUCAGGAACGAAGACAUCGUCUCUACAACUUUUAUCGCUAACAUAGCCUUAGACGAAGGCGACUCCUGCGACGAUACCUUCGCAUACUUCUCAGACGAGCUUGGAUAUGGAUUAAUCGCCUAUUCGUGGGAACAAAACAAAUCAUGGCGCUUUAGCCACAGUUACUUCUUCCCCGAUCCAUUGGUCGGUGACUUCAACAUUGCAGGUCUGAACUUCCAAUGGGGAGCUGAAGGAAUAUUCGGAAUAUCUGCUUCACCUAGGGGACCUGAUGGAUUCAGAACCCUUUACUUCAGUCCUUUGUCAAGUUACACGGAGUUCGCUGUGUCUACGCGUAUCUUAAGAGAUGAAUCUAAAGUAGAAGGCUCAUACCAUGACUUCAAGGUUGUUGGAUCUCGCGGCCCUAAUACUCACACGACAUCUAAAGUUAUGGAUGAGACGGGUGUCCAACUUUACAAUUUAAUCGACCAAAAUGCUAUUGGAUGUUGGAACACGAACCUUCCACUUAAACCGCAAAAUACUGCUAUCGCUGAUAAAGAUGAUGUCGGUCUUAUUUUCCCUUGUGACGUGAAAAUAGAUAACGAUAGGAAUGUUUGGGUUAUUUCAGAUCGUAUGGCCGUCUUUUUGGAAUCGGAACUUGAUUACAGCGAUAUCAAUUUUAGAAUUUAUGCGGCUAAUUUCGACUCACUGGUACAAGGAACAGUUUGUGAACCUGAUCCAUCUCAAGCAAUUACGCAGUUUAAAAAUCCAACAUUCGACAAUUCACUGAGUCUUUACGAUGCAAACCUUGCUUCUGUAACUCCUCAAACUUUUACAGGAAUUUCCCCAGCCUUCAGAUCUCUUCCGACUUAUACUAAAAACGCUCGACAACAGUUCUCCUACCAGUUCCCCAGUCAAGCUUCUCAGUCGUACGUUUUUCCUACACCUAAACCACUUCUAAGCUCAAACAGGCCCUGGUGGUUCGCCAAAAACAAUUAUAGUCCAUACUAAUAACUGUACUUUUGAGAGCUAACAAAAUAUUGAAAUUCAGAAUUUUCAUUUACAUAUGAAAAUAUCUGAAAGUUAUUAUCCAAAAUGUCAAAUGAAAUCAGUAGUUUGAAAAUCUUAGUAUUUAAGUAAUUAGUGUAUUAUGAAUGAAGAAUAAUUGUUUAUUCGUAGAACAUAAUAUGCGAUGCAUAUAUUUUUAGCAUAGUAAAUUUCACUAUUAUAUUUAAGCAAAGCUCAAAUGAAUGAUUGUCGUAAAGCGUGAGAAAAUGUUUUUAAUGUAAAUAUAAUGAAAAAUAAUCGAUAUAAAAUCGAAUUAUUUUGCCGCGUGUUCUUAUGAAAUUAGGUUUUAUAACUAGUACAAGAUUAUAGUAAUAAUAUAUACCAUACUACAUUUUGUUGUGAACAAUCUGAAAUCAUUUAUAAAAAUGUUAAAAAAUAAAUGAAUUUAAGUAUAAA